AUGACCAUCCUGACCAUGAUCAUAAGAGUUUAUCAUGACACUGAUAAUGGUGAUUAUCAUGACCAUGAUCAUAGUGACUGUCAUGAUUAUCAUGACUACAAACAUAGUGACCAUCAUAACCAUGAUCAUAGUGACCAUCAAGAUCAUGACUACACUCAUGGUGAUCAUCAUGACCCUUAUGAUCGUGACCAUCAUGACCAUGAUCAGGGUGUUUAUCGUGACCACGGUCAUGACCACAAUAAUGGUGACCAUCAUGACCACAAUCAUGGUGACUAUAAUGACCACCACGACUAUGAUCAUGUUGACCAGCAUGACCAUUAUGACCAUGACAAUAAUGACCAUCACGACUAUGAUUAUGCCGACCAUGAUUAUGCCGACCAUAAUAACAAUCAUGACCAUGAUCAUGGUGACUAUCGUGAACAUCAUGGCCAUGAUCUUGGUGACCAUCAUGACCACCAUCAGGACUCCGAUCAUGGUGAUCAUCAUGGUGACCCAUAUGAUCGUGACCAUCAUGACCAUGAUCAGUGUGUUUAUCAUAGCCUCGGUCAUGACCACAAUAAUGGUGACUAUCUUGACCACAAUCAUAGUGACCAUCAUAACCACAAUCAUGGUGACUAUCAUGACCACCACGACUAUGAUGAUGUUGACCAGCAUGACCAUUAUGACCAUGACGAUAAUGAUUAUCACGACCAUGAUUAUGCCGACCAUAAUAACGAUCAUGACCAUGAUCAUGGAACAUAA